AUGGCUCCUUUCCCGCCUCCCCCGGUCAACACCAUUGACUGGAACAAUGUCGGCUUCAAAGUCCGUGAGGUCAACGGCCACAUCGAGUCGACCUUCAGCCAUUCCUCGCCCAACCCAUCAUGGAGCAAACCACGCUUCGUCGCCUCUCCGCACCUGUCCAUCCACGGCAUGGCUCCUGGCUUGAACUACGGCGUGCAGUGCUACGAGGGCAUGAAAGCCUUCCGUCAGCCCGAUGGGAGCAUCACCAUCUUUCGACCCGACCGAAACGCCAAACGGAUGCAGCGCUCGGCAGAGUUCAUCUGCAUUCCACCAGUCCCGGAAGAGCACUUCAUAGAAUGUGUCAACUUGGCCGUCGCCAUGAAUGCCGAGUUCGUUCCGCCACACGAGACCGGUGCCGCCAUGUAUAUUCGUCCCCUGUUGUUUGGCUCCAGCGCUCAGCUCGGCCUCAAUCCCCCAGAUGAGUACACCUUUGUGGUCUUCGUUAUGCCCACGGGCGUUUAUCAUGGCUCCCAUGCCGUUGAUGCGCUCAUUCUCGAGGACUUCGACCGCUCCGCGCCAGAGGGCACGGGCAGCGUCAAACUCGGCGGCAACUAUGCCCCUGUACUGCGCCACAGCGAAAAGGCCCACCAGGCCGGCUACGGCAUCACCUUGCAUCUUGACAGCAAGACGCGCACCGAGGUCGACGAGUUCUCGACUUCGGGUUUUAUCGGGGUCCGCGUGGAUGGUGACAAGACCACUGUCGCCGUGCCGGAUAGCAAAAACGUUAUCGAGUCCGUGACAUCCGAAUCCGCCUGUCAGAUCGCAAGGGAUGUUUUUGGGUACAAAGUCGAGAAACGUCCUAUUAAAUAUGAGGAGCUGCCGGAGUUCAAGGAGAUCAUGGCUGCCGGAACCGCCGCGUCGCUCGUGCCCAUCAAAAGCAUCACUAUGAAGUCCCGGGCUGACAAGUUCGAGUAUCCCGUGAAUGAGAAGCUGGAACCAGGCCCUGUCUGCACCCAACUGUUAUCGACGCUGAAAGGCAUCCAGCAAGGAAAAGUCAAGGACCAGUUUGGCUGGAACAUGACUGUCACCGAGCCUCCCAGCGACUUUGUCAAGGCGUCCUCGAACGGCAGCCUCAACGGGGCCGUGGACCAGUUGCCAUGA